AUGGGUGACUUCAAUUAUGGUGGAGUGAAGUGGCCACUAGAAGAUAGCGGAUAUCUUACACCAAUAGAAAAUAACUUCAUACAAUGGUACAGAAACAGUAACCUCCAACAGUUAGUAGAUAGAUACACUAGUUAUCGUCAAGGAAAUCAACCUUCAUAUUUGGAUCUAGUAUUAACAAAUGAGGACUCACUUAUAGCCAGUAUCGAUCACCAGGCCCCUAUUGGUAAAAGCGAUCAUACCUGCUUAUUGACUACUAUAGAGUUGCAAACACAGAACCAACAAACGCAACAUAAAACCAGACUAAAUUUUAACAAAGCCGAUUACGACAAAAUAAACACUAAAUUGUCAUCAAUUUUACCCGAAAAUAUGGCAGACCAAAAGUGUGUUAAAUCACAAUUUAAUUCCCUUCAUAGGGCACUGAUGGAAGCUAUAAAUUUGUACGUACCACGGUUGGAUAUCUGUCUAAACAACACAAACAAGCCCUGGGUUAGAAACAAAACUAAAAACCUCAUCAAGAACAAAAUAGCCUUACGGAACAGAUAUGUGCUGACUGGACUAGAACAAAAUUAUAGAGACUACAGAAGCACGAACAACCAAUUACUAAAUGAAAAUAGAAAAGCCCGAACAAGCUACGAACAAGAAAUACUGCAGGCAGGACCAAAAAAGUUUUACUCCUAUUUAAGACAACAAGUAACAUCAAUAGUAAGCAUUCCUACUAUUUUGCUAAGCAAGCAAGGACAAACUGUGAUCCAACCUCAUGAAAUUGCCAGGGUAUUUGCGGACCAAUUCGCGAGUGUUUUCCAAACAGAACCAAAUGACCAACUGCCUACAUUAGACCCGACACAUCGAGUAGAGGAUUCCAUUGAAGAAAUUCUGUUCACGCCAGACCAAGUCAAACGAGUGAGUCAUUUCAGAAAUGAAAACAGAUUCAUCUCCGGGACCAGACGAUAUACCAGUAACUAA